UAAAACCCGCCCAAACCCCUCACUCAUCCGCAGCUCCUCUGCUUGCCAAUCACCGCCAUGCCGAUGCCGUCACCACUCCCCUGCUUCCUCCUCCUCCUCCUCCUGCCCCUCCUCUCCACCGCAGCACCGGCAACCACCAAGAUCCCGCUCUACCGCCACCUCCCGGCCGCCGCCACGGCCGCGCACCACCACCCGCUCUCCCGCCUCGCGCAGGCCUCCCUCGCGCGCGCCACCCACCUCCGAGCCGGCCACCACCACCCGCAACCCUCGGCCUCCCCCGUGCGCACCGCGCUCUACCCGCACUCCUACGGCGGCUACGCCUUCUCCCUCUCCCUCGGCACGCCGCCGCAGCCGCUCCCAGUCCUCCUCGACACCGGCAGCCACCUCACCUGGCUCCCCUGCACCUCCUCCUACAAGUGCCUCAACUGCUCCUCCGCCGCCUCCGCACCCUUCCACGUCUACCACCCCAAGAACUCCUCCACCGCCCGCCUCGUCUCUUGCCGCAGCCCCGCCUGCCUCUGGAUCCACUCCAAGCCCCACCUCUCCACCUGCUCCGCCUCCGCCUCCCCCGCCCCGCCAUGCAGGCCCGGCGCCGCCACCUGCAACGCCACCGCCAGCACCGUCUGCCCGCCCUACCUCGUCGUCUACGGCUCCGGCUCCACCUCGGGCCUCCUCCUCUCCGACACCCUGCGCUCCGCCACCACCGGCCGCGCCGCCAAGCGGGGCUUCGCCGUCGGCUGCAGCCUCGCGUCCGUGCACCAGCCGCCCACCGGCCUCGCCGGCUUCGGCCGCGGCGCGCCCUCCGUGCCCGCGCAGCUCGGGCUCACCACCUUCUCCUACUGCCUCCUCUCCCGCCGCUUCGACGACGACGACGCCGUCAGCGGCGAGCUCGUCCUCGGCGCCUCCGCCGCCGCCAAGACACCGACGCAGUACGUGCCGCUCCUGAAAAACCCGGCCGCGCGCCCGCCCUACUCCGUGUACUACUACCUGUCCCUGACCGCCGUCGCGGUGGGAGGGAAGCCCGUGCGCCUCCCGCCGCGAGCCUUCGCCCCCGGCGGCACCAACGGCGGCGGUGGCGGCGCCAUCAUCGACUCCGGCACGACCUUCACGUACCUCGACCCAACCGUGUUCAAGCCGGUUUCGGCGGCGAUGGUGGCCGCGGUCGGCGGCAUGUACAACCGCUCGACGAUCGUCGAGGACGCCCUCGGCCUGCGCCCCUGCUUCGCGCUGCCCGCGGGGCCGGGCGCCAAGACCAUGGACCUGCCCGAGCUCUCGCUCCGCUUCAAGGGCGGCGCCGAGAUGCGGCUCCCCGUCGAGAACUACUUCGUGGCCGCCGGACCGGCGCCCACCGCCGGUGGAGGCGGCGGCGGCGCUCCCGAGGCCAUCUGCCUCGCCGUGGUGUCCGACGUCCCGGGCGCAGCAGACGGAGGUGCCCCUGCUGCGGGCGGGCCGGCCAUCAUCCUCGGGAGCUUCCAGCAGCAGAACUACCACGUCGAGUACGACCUCGACAAGGAGCGGGUCGGGUUCCGGCCACAGCCCUGCUCGUCGGCGGCGUCCUAGUUCAGCCUUCAGCUCGCGUCGGCGAACUGAAGCGCGCGCGGGAGCUAAUACGUAAGCUCCUGCUUAAUUAACCGAUCGGCUGCAUGGUUUCGAUCGAGUUAAUUACUCCACGUCGUAGCAAAGUUGAUGACAGUGCCGCCUGAUCGAUGGUGCAGCUUUGCGAUCUACUACCGCUUAGAUUUGAGAAUUUAAUACUAGCAAUAAAAUAGUGCGUGUGUGCGUGUUUGCUUGCUUAAUCUACAUUGCUCCUCUGUGGGUGAAAGAAAAGACUGGCGCUCUGCUUUGCUCUUUUCCUUUCGCGAUGGAAUUGCUUUCGGGAAGAGGAAGCCAAACCAAAGCAUUUCGUGCUGA